UCCACUCGCCACUGCUCCAUUUUGUAAAUUGUUUUACAAAUAAUUGUGUGUUGCUCGUUGUCGGGACUCGGGUAUCGCGCGUUUCGUCUACGUCCUCAUUACAAAUAUAUACUAUCUGUGGUCCUCAUUUCCUUUUGUGUUAUGUUUUGGUUUUAUUGACACUAGCACUUGUACAUUCGUUUUUGAUUUUUCUGAUCUAGUGUUCUCGUUAGUGCACAAUGACUGUGGUGUGAAUAAGCCAGACAAUUCCUCGUUUGUCUGUUUUGUUGAGAGAAAAGAUUCAACAUAAACGGUCACCAUGGUGCAGGAGUACGUGUCCCCCAUAAGGGUACAUAAGUAUCCUUUCGAAAUGGUUAUGGCUGCGUACGAGCGGCGUUUCCCGAGCUGCCCGCAGAUCCCGGUGGUGCUGGAGUGCGCCAUCACGGAGGACAGCUGGUCCGCCGACGACUCGCAGCGCCACACCACGCGCCGCUGCCAGCUCAACGUGGAGGCGCCGUAUCUGCUCAAAAAGAUGAUCGGCGUGGACUACGUGUACUUCAUCCAGAAGAACCACCUGGACCUUCGCGGGCGGGUGCUGGAGAUCGAGGCCACCAACGAGACCUUUGCCGCUCGCGUCGGCGUUGUCGAGAAGUGCAAAUACUAUGUGCACCCGGAGAACAGUGAGUGGACGUGCUUCGAGCAGAGCGCGCUGCUCGACGUCAAGAACUUCUUCGGUCUCGAAAACACAGUGGAGAAGAUUGCCAUGAAGCAGUACGCCGCUAAUAUCUCCAAAGGCAAGGAGCUGAUCGAGGUGUUCAUGAAGGAGGUGGAGGCGGAGGGCGUGGAGUCGCUCCGGCCGUGGUGCGCCGACGAGCCGGCCGCCAACCGCGCGCUGCGCCGUGUCGUCUCGCGCAACACCGAGCCGCUGUCGCCGAGGCCGGUGCACGAGCCGCGGAAGCACUCGCAGCCUGUUGCAGACACGUACGCGCUGGACAGCGAGUACAUUAAGAAGUAUCUGGGUGAGCUGACGCCGCUGCAGGAGUCCCGCCUGCUGCACUUCCGCAAGUGGAUAGCCGACCUGCAGAAGGGCAAGGUACCGAGCGACGCGACGCUGCUGCGGUUCCUGCGCGCGCGCGACUUCAACGUGGAGAAGGCGCGCGAGAUGCUGUCGGCGUCGCUGCUGUGGCGCAAGCGGCACCAGGUGGACCGCCUGCUCGCCGACUACCGCCCCCCGGAGGUCGUCACCCGCUACUUCCCCGGCGGCUGGCACCACAGCGACAGAGACGGUCGGCCGUUAUACGUGCUGCGGCUGGGACAGAUGGACGUCAAGGGUUUGCUGAAGUCCAUCGGCGAAGACGGACUGUUAAAGCUGACGCUGCACGUCUGCGAAGAAGGUCUCCGACUACUCGAGGAGGCGACGGCCUCACGCGUUAAUAACGGCGAGAGCGCGGUGCGGGCUUGGUCCCUAUUAGUGGACCUCGACGGCCUCAACAUGCGUCACCUCUGGCGGCCCGGCGUGCGAGCGCUGCUCCGCGUCAUACAGAUAGUCGAGGCGAACUAUCCGGAGACCAUGGGCAGGGUGCUGAUAGUGCGCGCGCCGAGAGUCUUCCCCAUACUGUGGACUAUUGUCAGCACGUUUAUAGAUGAGAACACCCGCAGUAAGUUCUUGUUCUACGGCGGCAAGGACUAUCUGCAGCCGGGUGGGCUCCUCGACUACAUAGACAAGGAUCUCAUACCGGACUUCCUUGGCGGGCCCUGCAAGAGUUUCGUGCACGAGGGGGGGCUGGUGCCGAAGAGCCUGUAUGUGAGCGGCGCGUUCACGGAGCGCGGCGACCCGCUGUGCGACGACAGCAUCUACACUUCCGUGAGCUUGGGGAAGGGUCAGGUGCACGAGGUGAUCGUGCAGAACCGCGACCCGCAGAGCGUCCUGACGUGGGACUUCGACGUGCUGCGACACGACAUCUGCUUCAACGUGUUUCGCACCGCCACGCCGGUCGACCGCCCCGAGCGCGCCGCAGGCGCGUGCGCGGGGGGCGGGGAGGAGGCGGGGUCCGUGCUGGCGGUGCGCGGGUGGCGGGAGGGGGAACACUUCCAUCGCGUCGAGCCCGCGCUGCUCUGUCACGACGGCGAAAGCAUACAGGGCUCACACGUGAUGGCGGAGGUGGGCAGCUACGUGCUGCAGUGGCGAUGCGACGCGCUCGACCCCGCCCCCCGCGCCGCACAGCUCAUGUACUUCUACGAGACGCUCGCCAGCCACCACUACAGGGGUUCCAUGUCGAGCCUGCAGUCCGGCGUGAGCGGGUUCUCGUGCCUGAGCGGCAAGUCCGCCACUAGCUCGUGCCCGUCGCGGUGAUCCUACGCCGUCCCCGGCCCCGCCCCCGCGCAGGCCACGCCCUCGCCCGGGGAAUCCCCGCCGCUGUUGCAGUGCUGAGUUGUGGGAGUAAUUAUAAUGUUGUUACAUGGAGCCCCGCCCCGCACAAGACACGUCCCCUUUCGCGGAAUCCCUGCCGCUGUUGUGCUAACCGACGUAGUAUAUCGUGUCAUUUUAAAUGUUAGAUGAACUUACAUAUUGUAUGUUCAUUUAAUAUGAUGCUGUUUGCACACCUUUAGUUGUGUACCGCUAGGUAGACAAUACAAGAAACUGCAUAACAUAUUGUGGGACAGUAAAUCUGCCUGUCUCUUUUUCACGAUUCGCUAUUAGUGUGCAAACAGCCUGAGCGUUUCUACUAGUGGCGGUAAGUGAUCGGGUGAACAAUUCAACAUAGUGAUUAAAAAUCCUGAUGAAGUUAAAAUGUGUUGGUGUGUAGAACACAUCGUGCUAUAGAUAUAUUAGCACAAUUUUAUGAUAAGAUAAUUCGAACAUACUAGCUAAUAAUAAUGUUUCAAUACUAGACAAUAACUACAGCUAGCCCGUGCGACAUGCACCUCAUUUGUAUAACUGUUCUAUGACGAGAGCCAUAAACUUUGUUCGUACGGGUUAUAUUAUGACUAUUUUACUCUGAAAACGGACUUAGCACACUGCCCUGAGGCACCCCGAAACAUUUCGGGCCCGCAUUUUAUCACUAUAUAUUUACCUAUUCUGUAUAUUCAGUCUAAUGUCAAGACUCAAAACGACUUGCUAGCUUUUAUGCUACCGUCCUCGCUUAAACUAGCUUAAGAUCCUAUCACAAAUUAUUAUUAAUACUUCAACUACUUAUUAUAUCUAAGUACAUGUCUGGACUUCAGAAUAUUUUGUUAAAGUAAAUGUUACUUAAAAUGAACUAAAUUAAGGGACAGAUCUAGAAGAUUCUAGAAUCUAGCUCAUACUCAAGACCUAGAUUAGAAAUCCAGGUAAAUAUGUUUAUUCUUGGAGACCUAGGCCAUGCAGCUCAUUAUAGUGU